AUGACUGACCCCUCAGGAGCAAAUGCCGGCGGCGCUGGCAGUUUGCAUCGGAUCCCUCCCUUACAAGGAGCCGACAACUAUAACGUUUGGCGUAUCCAAAUGGAGGACGUACUCACCGACCUCGAUUUAUAUGGACACGCAGACGGAUCGAAACUUAAACCGAACUCUAAGGUAGAAGUUGCGAUCACCGGCCGUAAAGACGAUGAAGGUAACCGCUUACCUGACUUGGAAGUCGACAGCGACAACCCCUUAUAUGCGUCCUGGAUUAAAGCCGACCGCAAAGCGCUAUCGAACAUAAGACUAAGAGUCGACGGAAGUGUACUUACUCACAUACAAGGUUGUACAACUGCCGCCGACGCCUGGUCUACGUUAGAAGCCACAUUCCAAGUCAAAGGUACUGUUGGACUCAUUGACUUACGGAGACGAUUCUUCAGUCAUCGGAUGACCGAUGGUGAAGACAUCGAGGAACACAUCCAGCGAAUGCGCGGAUGGUACCAACAAAUAAACAGUAUCAGUAAGGACUCAUGCACUGAGGUUGAUUGGAUAACGACGCUCAUCGCAAGCUUACCUGAUAGCUGGGAUACGUUUACGCAAUCUGUAAACUUCCAAUUCGAUCUAGACGACAAGAACAAACAAGCAAAUCAAAUCAGCGAUUUGAGGUCACGAAUAUUAGCAGAAGCCCACCGUAGAAAUACUAGAGGUACUGAUGGAAAGGCAUUCUUUAGUACAAACAAAUCAACUGUAAAUAGAGCUAUACGUACCAAUGGUAAAGGUCCAGAUAAGACUAAGUCGAAAUGCAACAACUGCGGACAACUCGGCCAUUGGAUAGCUGAGUGCCAAAGCCCCGGCGGAGGUGCAUUCAAAUCAGGAAAUAAAGCCGUGGAAAAGUCCACAUCAGCCGACUACGCAUUCUCGACCAUUGAGGAAUCAUAUGGAACCAUUAGCUUCCGAGUUUCGAUGGAUCGAGACCGCUUAGUAAUAUAUGGGCCAAACAAUGAAUGUAUUACUUAUGGUUUGAAGCUCAAAGAACGCGCGAAAGGGAAUUUGUGGAAAAUAAAUGCGCGCUACAUUAACAAACAAAACGCGAACAAUAAGUCCACUGAACUGGCACUCCUUAAACAAACUGGUCGAACUUGGUUCGACUGGCAUAAAGCUCUUGGGCACAUCGGCCCGCAAGCUCUCCAACGCCUAAAAAACACCGACGCUGUAAAAGGUAUGGAAAUAGCUGACGACGCCAUUGGACUUAACUUCGAAUGUGAUGUAUGCGCACAAACAAAGGCCCACACACGACCAUUCCCCAAAGAAUCGGCAACGAAAGUCUCCGAUAUAGGUUUCUUAAGACACAAAGAUGAAACAUUGAACGAAUAUAAAUCAUUCGAAGCAAUACUAAAUACACAAAAAGAUAAGAAAAUCAAGAAAGUUCGCUUCGAUAACGGUAGGGAAUUUGUGAAUAAAGACUGGAUCGAGCAUGCCGCUCGAAGGGGGACUAUUUUGGAAACUAUGGCCCCGUAUUCAGCCCAACAAAACGGCAUUGCUGAAAGGUUGAAUCGAACACUCACCGAGAAAGCACGAGCAAUGCUACUCGAGUCAAACGCCCCAAAGUUUCUUUGGAGCGAGGCCAUAGCAUACGCAUGCUACCUAAAGAAUCGCGUGCCUACGCAAGUGCACGGAACGUUCUGGAAAACGCCCUACGAAGCCUUCUGGGGCAUUAAACCCAACGUUAAUACGCUCCGUCCUUGGGGAAGUAAGUGCUACGUACUAAAUCAAGGUGGAGACUCGUCUAAGCUCGACCCUAAGACAACAACCGCAAUAUUCGUGGGCAUAUCAGACGUCCAAGGAAAGAGCUGGCGGUACUACAAGUCAGGAUCAAACCGCAUAUUGCACUCGCGAAACGUCACCUUUCCGAGUCAUGCACGAAUCGAAGAAGUCGAUAACGGCGAACCCGAACCGGGAGAAUCGGUUGCUCCGCCCGCUGAGGGGGAGAUGACGCAAGCUAACAGCGCUGCGCAACAACCGAUAGAAAAUACUAGAACAGGGGGAGCGCAUGUAGAUAGUGAAGAAAUAAAAAUCAAAAAAUUAGAACAUACGGGUAUAAAAACCGAACCGCUGAGCAACGAAUCGACAUCCAACAAACCAACUCAACCUAUUCAGCAAUCGCUAAAUCAACCUGUUGUUCCCAAACCUACCACCGUUCGCAACAAUCCUGUUAUGCGCACUGGUAAUAAUUCUAUUUCUAACUCUACUCUACAAACGAUCAAUGCGCUCGAAGGUAACGUCUCAACCGGAGCCCGAACCCGCAGUAGGAAUCCUAACCCUACUCACGUCUCCCUCCAACGAGAACGUGGCGGAGUCAGGAUUAAACUCCCCGACAACGUUGCGACAGGUCAGCUUAAUAACCAAGCAACGAACGAGACUACUAACCUUGUACUAGACCUCCCCGACACCGCGAGCAUGCACUCCGACAGCUCCGACGUUGAUCUUGACGCAUAUACCUUCUCCACCGACACCUCCUCCAUACUCUCCGCCCCUACCAUCCCGUCCGAGCUUGCCUACCUGCUGGCAACCCCGCCAGCAACCGAACUGGACACGUCCUUAUCCGACUCGCUCAACGAUCGAUUCAGCUACCUCAACCUAUCCGAAUCGACUUCAACCGAAUCGGAUACCACCCUGGCGACGCCCGGGGAUGUGGAACACGAAUGGGCCUAUGCCGCCAAGCUAUCCGCGCCCAACGACCACCCGACCGUUGCGGAAGCGCUUGCCGGACCGGACGCAGAGGAAUGGCAAAAAGCCAUGGCAAAGGAGGUUAGUACAUUCAAGAAAAUGGAUACAUACGAUCUCACCGAUCUACCACCCGGACACAAGGCAAUCGGAAACGCAUGGGUAUUCACACUCAAGCGUAACGCCGACGGCACACCAGCCCGCUACAAGGGACGACUAGUAGCCCAAGGUUUCAGCCAACGACCUGGUAUCGACUUUGAUGAGACGUUCGCACCUGUGGUACGUCUCGACUCGAUACGAUUACUGUUAUCCAUCGCUAACCAAAAUGAUUGGGAUAUUCGACAGCUCAAUGUUAAUUCUGCGUACCUACAUGCAAAAGUAAACGAAGAAUUAUACAUGCGACAGAUCCCAUAUUUUGAAGACGGCCGCAUGUGGAACAAACUAUACGAUACCAAGCUCAAAAGCCUUGGAUACUCGCCAUGCCUUACUGACGCGUGCGUGUACAAACGCAUGGUCAACACUGAGGGUGAGCUUCGCAUAUCCAUUAUUGCUACGCACGUUGACGAUUCUAUCGUUAUUACUUCACGCGAUCACACUGAAUCUGCCAUAGCCAAACUCUUACACGAAUUCGACAUGCGAGACUUAGGAAAUAUCCAUCAUUUCCUAGGCAUCGCUAUUGUUCGAAACCCAAUCAUUGCAGGACUCGGCAAUGCUUACCCGGCCGACACACCAAUCAGUCCGACGACUCAACUCACGCGAUACAAAGGUACCAAACCGAAAUUCAAUUAUGCACAAUUCACUACGUGCUACGGACCCGCACACGUGACCGCUGUCAAUCGCGUAGUUCGAUACCUCAAAGGCACUUCGGCCCUUGGACUGACGUAUCGGCGAUCAACAAACGACUUCGGUGAAAUCGGCUAUUCUGAUGCCGACUGGGGAAGCAAUUUACUUGAUCCUAAGAAGCAGGCCACCGUCGCUUUAUCGACGAUGGAGGCCGAAUACAUGUCGUUAUCUCACGCAUGUACUCAAGCCUUAUGGAUGCGUCAAUUGUUUGAAGAACUCAACUUCACUACUGACGAUCCGACCUUAAUUCUUUCAGAUAAUCUCGCCGCUCUCGCUCUGUCUGCCGAAUCGCAAUUUCACGGACGAUCGAAACACAUCGAUAUUCGACACCACUUCAUGCGAGACAUAAUCGAGAAACACAGUCUCCCUCCUGAACUCAAAAAGUCUCCAUACUGGUUCCUCGAAAAUCCCCUUGCUUUGCUAAUCAAACACAACACUAUGAUUCAAAACGAAACUCGCACCCCUAGGAUUAUACGAAAGUCCGUAGAAGAGAUAUACGGAGCAUAUGAGGAUACUACUGAAACGCUUGACGAAUGGCUUGAGUGGAUCAAUGGUUGCCCCCCUCAGCCCACCAAGGGCAUACAGGAGCUUUACAACAGAUUCAUUCAAGUUCAAUCGCGUCUUGACGACUUGAUCAGGCAUCUUGAAAAGCUAUCUACAGAGGAGAAAGAAUGA